AUGAUUGACCAAUACUCAUCUGGUUCUUUACUAUUAGAUGGUAAUACACACCGCUCCAGCAUUCACAGCAGUCUUGCAAUGAACCUUGCGCAUUGCGCAAACCUUGGAAUCGAGCCUCGCUCUUUGACAAACCAAAUUACUCGCGAAGAGCGGAGGCGAUGCUUCUGGAGCAUAUGUCUCUUGAAAAGAUUGCAUGGCGGUGACUUCUCAAUCUUAGAUUUUCCAGAAGGAGGAGCGCUACCGUAUCCAAAUAGUCCAACCAGACCAGCUCGCCUUCUUUCUUCGGAAUCUUUGACUCCUGAGGCCCGAAGGAGCGAACUACAGGAUCAAGGCAUAGUUGCAUAUGUUAUAAUGCUGAGUGAGGUAUUCUCAAGAACAGCACGCUAUGUCCGACUCCGUGGUAGACCAGGGAAUGUCCCGCCUUGGUCUCCCGAUUCUGAAUAUUCCAAGAUAAUCGCACUGCAGAUGGAAUUAGAGACACGCAUGCCACUAACUCAUCGAUUUAAGCCGGCGAAUCUAGGUGACAGGUCUUUAGAGGAGCUCCAAACCCAUCGAGAAUAUUGGGGACCAUGGUUUUUGAAUCAGUUCAUGUAUCAUACUACCCUCUGUCUCCUGAACCACCCGUUAUUACUUUCCCUCAGCCUGCGAACUUUCCGAAGUACUAUCCCGGAAAUAUUUUUGCAGCACACAUCUGAUCUCAUCUCAUCCCAUACAACUUGGAUUAUCCAUUUCAUUAACUACUUCGAGGAGAAAUUAUUUUUUGUAUCAGAUCCACUGCUGGGAUACAGCGCUGCUGUUGUAGCUACUAUUGAGCUUCAACUGAGUUUUACCAAGGACCCAAUCAUUCGAGAGCAGAAAAGAGAGAGAUUUGCAAAAUGUGUCCAGUUUGUGCAGCAAAUUGGCCAAAAAUGGCCUCAUAUGGCCCGCUUGGCCCAGAGGCUACAGCACCUGGAAGAUGCCGUUUCUUCUACCUAUCAAUCUAAUCCGGGCGACCAAAACCAAAGUUUACUCAUAGACCUCUCUCGUUUUUGGGAGAUCCUCGAGUAUUCAUCAAAUAGUGAUGCGGGCUCGGCCCGGCGUCUUUUUGGAGACUCGUUGUAUAACGGGCCUCCAUCUUUGGCAGCAGAAGUAUCUCAAACUUCACCUUUACCUGCACCAACACGUCUGACAGCACAAGAAGACAGGUCACCUGGUCUUCAAUCCCAAAGUUUUGCUACCAGCACGGCUUUUCCAAGUGAUUCAACAUACCCUACUGCCUCACUUGUCUCGCCACAACAGUUGUCAUUGACCAAUGAUGACUUUUCUAUUCUGGCUACGAAUUUCUUCUCACAAGGUCAAGAAUUUCUUCGUGGGGGUGAUACCUGGGAUAAUAUUGGUAACUUCUGA